CUUUGGUUGUCAUGACCCUGAAAUUAUAAUUCAUUAGGUGACUUCUUCAUUAAAGUUUCAGUUAAUGGAUAAUAGCCACUCAAUAAAUUGCAAUUUAUUAGGUGAUUUCACAGGGAGCUUGGAUGGAUGUGAUGAAUCCAAUCACUCAAAACAUUUUUCUUAUUUUUAUUUUUUAAAAAUCUUUGAAAAAUCUUGUGCUUCUGCUUCCAAAUUCUCCUCCUAAUUUGUUCUGACUAUAGCCAAUAACAGAGGUGCCUCCUGAAAUGCACUAUUUGAUGAUAAACAAACAAGCAUAGCAACCAAUUAGAAGAGCAGCAAACUCUUCUGGCUUGGGUUCAUAUUCGUCUCCAAUGAUGCCACUCCAGAAUCUUUCUUUUCUAUUGUGGCCAGGACAAGCCACUAAAAAUUUUAGGGUGGCACAACUAACAUAAAAAUAAUUACUAGGUUUUUACAUGUAUGUACUGAUUGACGAAGACGUACAGUAUGUAUGUGUUUGAGUUGAACAUGAUUCUCCGAGGGGGCCAGUGGGAUGGUCAGCACUUUUUCCAGUGCCCCCCUCUUGGGGGCGCCACUGGUCUCCAAUUAAAGCUAUUGUGAAGAGCACAUUUCAUUUCCGACCCCUAUCUUGGCUUUCAUGAAACUAGACUCCUGUGCUCAUAAAUAAAAGAACCCCUGUGCGGUGCUGGCUGAUCACUGGAGCUCUUUCAGCUGUAUAAGUGGUGAAAGGCGACAUAAUCGGCCCACACUAAGAUCUGAACUGAGAUUGAGACACGCACACAGAGAGGACCUGGAGAGACGCUCAUCUGGAGGAACCGCAUAAGUCUCCGGGCGGCAGCAUGAUAAACCCGCAGCAGCAAGGCGAGCCCUUCCGGCACGACCCUCCUCCGGUCUUCGGGAAGCCCUGGUACUGGCAGCGCAGCAGCAGCACCAUGGAGAGCAGCCGCAGCCUGGCGCAGGUCAUCAUGGAGAUGCGCGACGAAAUCAAGAAGCUGGAAGCGGAAAACCGAGAGCUGCGGGGGGACUGUGGUGGUCAGCAUUCAGGGACGGCAGGAGACACCAGCGCUGGAACGGAGCAACCCGCGAUACUGGAAAACCCCUAUGGGAACCUGAGACGGAAUGCGUCUGCGCCAGUCCUGGAGGGACAGUAUAAAGAAAGCACUGCCAUGACUGUGCGAAGGUACUCCACGAGCUCCGGCCUCUCCGGGUUGACAGUGAGAGAGGGAAGAAUCGACAAGAACAGGCAGAGUAACUCAGGAUGGGCUAGACUUCAUGAAGAAAUCCAGCAUGACAGCGAUGUGUUUGGAGAAGCAGAGAAAGCCAACAACCGCCACUCAUUGCAGGAGUACGUCCAUAAAAACAGGGCCAAGGUAAAAACUGUAACCUUCCUUCUCCCCGUUGAUGACAUUUACACCAGUCGACCCGUUCUGACCAAACACCGAGAGGAGCCCAAAAUCACCGGUCUGGCGUCCAUAGCCGAGACCGAGUCCUGAGAGAAAAUGUUAAAAAGACUUCGGACAUAUUAUUGGAACAGGUUGAAGAUCUAAACUGGAACUUUGCAUCCUCAUCUGAGUUUUUUCUUCCCUCCUAACUAGGUCAAUUUAGAUUGGGCUCUUAAUGAGUAAGAAAGCAGACCGAUUUUUAUCACACCUGACCAAGAAACCGGAGUCUCUGAUUACAGGUGUUCUUUUCAUUUGGCCAUGGCAAUCUAUGCCUGGUCAACAGGGAUGAGACGCAGGCCUCUCUGAACAGAGGAUCAGGUGUCCGGACUCCUCUCCCGGUCCGGGCUGUGGUUUCAGGGUGACACAUGUGGCAGCCUUUAUCAGACUCAGCUGUGUUCGCUGACUCUGUCCGUGUGAGUCACGUCACAGUCAUUAUUUAUUCAUCUCUUGUUCUCUUUACAAGGCACGCUGAAAUGCAUAUCCACAACCCCAAGUCAAACUGGCAUCCUGAAGAGGAUUUUAUUUGUAACCCGUGCAAAAUGGGAAUUAAAGGUAUCACCAACAACA